GCAGUAGUUGUGCAAGUUUAUAAAGAUGAUAUAUUCCCACAUAUAUUAGUUAGUUCAAUAAGAGACUCAUAAGUAGCUGUAGGAGGACUAUGAUAUAAAGGAGGAUGUUCCUGAAGUCUACCUUUGCUUUUGUACUGACCCUAGGUACCAUACAGGGGGUACUAUCCAGGCCUAGAGAGGACUACAUAGAGCUGUCCAAUGAAUCUGAUGACUCCACUUACUCACCAGCAGACUUGAAUCAAAUGCGAAGAUUUUGGAUAAGAUUCAUACAGAAGAAUUAUCUUGAUAACACUCAAGUACCAGACUGGCUAGUAGAUGAAGAACCUGAUGACGGCAAUGAUGUAGGAGAGGGCAUGAGUAGUGGAGGAGGAGGUGGAAGUGGAAGUGGUAGAAAACCAAUACCAGACUGGCAAAUUGAUGCUGAACAAGAUGAUGAAAAUGAUUACAUGAGCAGUGGAGGUGGUCAAACUAAUGAGGAGUAUGAGGAUACAAGAAUAAAUGGGAAAAAAAUAAUGCAACCAAAACAAAAGACACCCAAUGAGGAAGGAAUUAAACCAUCAGAGACAAAACAAAAUACAUCCAAUGAAAAAGGGGUUAACCCAUCCCAAACAAAACAAAAGACACCCAAUGAAGAAGAAACUGAGCCAUCAAACACAAAACAAAAGACAGGUAAUACAGAAGGAACUAAACCAUCAAAAACAAAACAAAGAAAAUCCAACAGAAAAGAUAUCAAGCCAUCGAAAACAAAACAAAAGACACGUAAUGAAGAAGGAACUAAACCAACGAAAACAAAACAAAAGACAUCCAAUGAAGAGGGGAUUAUGCCAUCAAAAUCAAAACAAAAAACAUACAAUGAGGAAAGAGUUGAGCAGUCAAAAACAGACAAAGAAAUAAAGCAAAAGAAGAAGAAUCCUAUCUUGUAUAAAACUUUGGAAUCAGGUCACAGUGUUGAGGAAUACAAAGAUAAUGAGGAAAGAAAUGACAGAAAGAAAGGGCGUUACGACAGACAUCAAAGUGCAGAGGGAAUUGAAACAGAUGAGGAAAUAAAUCUGGCUUGAACACCUCCCCAUGAACUUGGACAGAAGAGACAAGUCUGCCCACCACCUGACUGUGGUGUGAUCUGAUGAAUAUAUAUUGAACAAGACAUUACUGACACAAAAGAUAUCCAGACAUUCUUCGAGAUAUUAUUAAUUUAUGAACAUACCCAUCAUUGAGAAUCAUAAUUCAUACAUUGGGUGCUUCUCUUUUGGGAAACAAAUGGAUUAUAUUGAUGUAGAUACUGUACUUGUACUAUAUAAAUACAGGGUGUCAAAUAAGUCUGUUCUCCCCCCUUAACUUUU